CUCACCAAAAGCAUCACACAACACUCACACACACUUUCUCUUAUCUUAUUUUCUCAGUUCUUAUAACUCUUUUCCACUAAUUCAAAUGGCCACGGUUGAGAAAGUGAUUCUAGUAGCAGGUGAGCACAUGGUGGUCGUGGUGCCAACAACAAAGGCGGUGGAGUCGGAGGAAACAAAUAGACUCGUGGACAUAGUAGAAACAGAGAAAUCAAUCGAAGAAACAGUUGAAACUCUGACGGUUGUGGAGGAAGAGAGCAAAACAGAGGAAGUUGUAGAAGAGAAGAAGACAGAGGAAGCUACAGCGGUUGCGGAGGAAGAGAAGAAACCCACUGAAGUAGCCGCUGUCGCAGCUCCGGUGGAGAAGGCUGAUGAGUAAAUUUGAAGAUAAAAACUGUCUUUUGAAUGACAGAAGAAGAAAAAACAUUAGCAAGUAAACUAUUUGUUACUUUUAAGUACUUUGUGUCUUAUUUUGUUGUUGAAUCUAUGACUCUUCUUGCUUUUGUGUGUUUUUUUUUAAUUGUCUUAAGUAUUUUCAGUGGUUAUCAUGUUGAAUAAGAUAUACAUUAUGUU